GUAAAUUUUCGAUCACUCCGCCAAUCUUCGUCUUCAACUUCAAAAUUUGACCUCUCUGUCUCUGCUCUGUCGAGUGCAAGAAGCUCUCCUGUGUUUUUUCUUUUCUUAAACCUUCUCUCUCUCUCUCUCUCCAACACAACCAAUUAAUGUUAUCCGAUUCCAAUUAAAUGCGCCAUCUCCAAUAUCUAAAUCCCUAAUUGAGGAAAUGAGAAAUUUAUACCAGUAGAGCUACUUUCAUCCUUCAGUCAAGUUUGAAAUGGCAACAUCGGCUUUUAGAUCGACGACAAGGAGAACGACAAUCGGGAAGUCGUCUACUUGCGUUGGUGAUUCGUCGUCCUCCAAUCGCAACUCCACUCACCGCCGUUCUCGGAGCCUGAGCCGCUUCUCCCGCCCGUUACCCGGGCAGGAUGCAGAUGGCUUCUCAGACGAGACACCGGCGCCGAGGGGAAGGUUCGUAAACACGAUGAGGGGGUCAGGAUUCCCGGAGAUCAGCCUCGAUGACCUCGCUAUUGAGCUAUUUGACUCGUUCUCUGGCGGCGGAGACCGGGGCCGCGAGGCUUUCAGGAAGUCCAGUGUCAGCCCCGGCGGUAUUGAAGGUGGUGUGACUGCGUCGCAGAGGAGGGGGCGGUCAGUUUCUAGGCAAGGCUCGAGAGGGGGUCUUGGCAAUGAUAGUGGUGGUGGGAAGGUACAUUCCGAAAGUAGUAAUUCGAGGAGGCGACGAUCGGUUUCUGUGGCGCGAUGUCAGAUUAGCGAUUCUGAGAGUGAUCUAGUUCAUUCACAGAAUCUGACCAACUAUGGUAAUCGGAGGAGUUCCAUUAUUGGAAACAGUCAAAUGUCCUUAUCAUAUUCGAGAGCAGCUUCAAAUCAUAGACCAGCAUUACGAAGGUCUUUCAGCCAAAAGGACUUAAAAUGCCAUGAUGGCUACUCUAGCCAGUCUUCAUCCCUGACUGAUGAUGAAGUGAAGGAUAUAAAUGCCAGUAAAAAUGGGAUUGAGAAAACAAUUCGAGCUGUUUACACGCAGAAGAAGUCCGAGCACCCUGCUGGAGAUAAUAUUAACGGUGGUUUGUAUGAAGCAAUGCGGAAAGAAGUUAGAUAUGCUGUCGAAAAAAUCAAGAUGGAACUUGAGCAAGCUAUGGCAAAAACAAAGGACACUGAGCUAGGGGAUAAUGGUUGCUCACUGGCCAAAACCUCUGAAGUUCUUCAGGCUGUUUCUACAAUCAGAAGGAACUAUGCAACAAAACUGGAGCAGUCAGAGAAGCGUAAACAAGACUUAUUAGCUGAGAUAUUGUUGGAGGAGCAGCAUGGUAGGGAGCUCUCUAAGGUUGUGAAAGAUUUACUUCCUGAUCCAAAGAACUCAGUUGUUGAAAAGCCACUGCGAGCCAGGAAGCGAAGUAAUGAUCGUAACAGAAUGUCCAAGCGCUUGACUGAGGAGGCAGAAAAAUAUAUUGAGGAUUUCAUUUCAAAUGUUGAAGAUACAGAUAUUUCUUCAUUGGAUGGGGAAAGAAGUGAUACAAGUUCAACAUUAGGAGGAAUGAUGAAGCCGGAAAUCCUUAAGAGUCCAACCAUGUCUAAGUCUGUUCCUGUUGAAAUGGAUGGAGUAGUACUACCUUGGUUGAAGUGGGAGACUUCUAAUGAUGCGUCUCCUCUGUCGUGCAAGAAUAAGAUGGAGCAAUUGGCAACUCCAAAAUCAAAGUUAUGGGAUGUAGCCCAGGGAGCGACUCCAAUACAAGACACUAGUAAUAGCAGCAGAGGGAGUUGGAGUCCAGGGGCUUGGACGGUUAUGCGAGAAGAUUCUGCAAGUAAAUUUGGAGAAUUCGGAAGUUGCGAAAGCCAGCUUUCAUCAAGUAGAGCAAGAAAGUUGAAAGUAGAUGUCGACGACUAUCUAAACAUUCAAAGCAGUGAAAAUAUUCUCCACGAGAGAUGGAUCCAACAAAACAGAAUUAAUACUGGUGGUCUCCUCCUCUGUGGACACCACAUGUUUAUUUGACUCUCAAACGUUCUAUAGAGCCGUAUCCUGUUUUAUUUUUAUUUUUAAUUUUAAUUUCUUCAAACUAAAUGCUGCUGUGUAUAGAGAUUUUUAUUUAGUUUUAAAAAAGUAGGUAUCAGAAUGUGAACAUUCCAAAGAUUGAUUUCCAUUUGCUGCCAUGUGGGAA